UUUUUGACUCCUUUGCAGUUGCAUGGAUCGUAUUACUGGCUGCUCUCCCCGCACCGCUGAGCCCACCACCUCUGCACCAAUCACAGCCUGCCUUUACCUACGCGCACAUGCAUGCACGAACGCACAGACACAGACCCUGACAUAUACACACACACGAACGGCGAUCCACCGCUCCGGUUCUCCGCUGCCUUCACAUGCGUCCCCACCGACUCCGCGUAGCGCUGGCUGCGCUAAGAUGAGCGGUUGUCCCGGUACCAUCUGAACGUCUCACCGCCUGACUGACCCAGAGCCGGGGAGAGAGAGAGACAGACGGAGACAGAGAAAGAGAGAGAGACCAUCUUUCCUCUCUCACAACCCAUCUCCCUUUCGCUUGGAAGAGACCGCAGCGCAAGCCAUUUCUGUCGGCAUCUUUUCCUUUUUUUCUCAUCUCCCUCCUCCUGUUCUUGCUGCAUCCCUCCGUUACUGUCGGUCUCCCGGUUUGAAGGAGAAACCGGAGAGCCCGGUCGUAAUUUUGUGGAAAUACAUUUUGCAUUUUUUUUUCCUGCUGAGAGUUGGUAGCGCGCAGUUGGUGCGCGCUUGCAAAUUCCGGUGAAUGGUGGAUUUGGCAAACAUGGAGACCGUGGAGAAGGAAUGCGGGGCCCUCGGGGGUCUAUUCCAGGCGAUUGUCAACGACAUGAAGUGCUCCUAUCCUGUGUGGGAGGACUUCAGCGCCAAGGCCACCAAGCUGCAUUCCCAGCUCCGAACCACUGUUCUGGCUGCUGUGGCCUUCCUGGAUGCCUUUCAGAAGGUCGCAGACAUGGCUACCAACACCAGAGGAGCAACCAGGGAUAUCGGUUCAGCUCUGACCAGGAUGUGCAUGAGGCAUCGCAGCAUUGAAGCCAAACUUCGCCAGUUCACUAAUGCUUUGAUGGAGAGUCUGAUCACUCCUCUCCAGGACAAGAUUGAGGACUGGAAGAAGACAGCAAAUCAGCUGGAUAAGGAUCAUGCCAAAGAGUACAAGAGGUCACGCCACGAGAUCAAGAAGAAGUCAUCUGACACCAUGAAACUACAGAAGAAGGCUCGUAAAGGACGAGUGGACCUGCAGCCUCAGCUGGACAGUGCCAUGCAAGAUGUGACUGACAUGUGCCUGUUGAUGGAGGAGACAGAGAAGCAGGCAGUGCGCCGGGCCCUUGUGGAGGAGAGGGGUCGCUUCUGCACUUUCAUCGGCUUCCUUCAGCCUGUUGUGAAUGGAGAGAUCGCAAUGCUGGGUGAGAUCACCCACCUCCAGGCCAUUAUUGAUGACCUCACUGUGCUUACAACCGAUCCUCACAAACUGCCCCCAGCUAGUGAACAGGUGAUCAAGGAUCUGAAGGGUUCAGAUUACACCUGGUCCUAUCAGACACCUCCUUCAUCCCCGAGCAGCUCUGGCUCCCGCAAGAGCAGCAUGUGCAGCAGCGUCAACAGCGCCCACAGUAGUGCCUCCCGUUCAUCAGGGGGAGGUGGUAGUGGUGGUGUUGGUGGAGGUGGUGGAGGCUCCCAGCCCCAUUCACCCACCUCAUCCUCCUCCUCCUCCUCCUAUCGCUACCGCAGCAGCCUGCCACAUCAACCCCCACCACCGGGGGGUAUUGCUGCCCACCGACUCAGCAGCGUCUCCUCCCACGAUUCGGGCUUCGUAUCCCAGGAUGCAAACAUCUACUCCAAACCCCCCUCGCCCAUGCCUUCGGACAUUACUAGCCAGAAGUCAUCCAGCUCGGCAUCAUCAGAGGCCUCAGAAACAUGUCAGUCAGUCAGCGAAUGCAGCUCCCCAACCACUUUUGGCACGUCCUUCGCUACCUUCCGCCCUGCUCUCUCUCACUCUGGCUCCACCAGGCCUCUCUCUGUCAUUCUUCCUGUUCCUGCGUCCCCACCCUAUAACUGCCCCCCUGGAUCCAGCUCCUCCUCUCCCACAUCAAAGGUUCCUAUGUGGAAGGAUUGGUCCAAAGCAGGUCAGUAUGAGCAGCCGGUAGCUGCAGCGGCAGUUCAGAGGAGAAAGGAACCUCUCGAUAGACUGAGGGAGAACGAGAUGUCGCCAGGCUCCCAGGGAUAUGCCGGGCCAUCACACCCUGAUGACUCGCAGAGACCCAGGAUGACCCCAGCUACCAUUGCUGCCAAGCAUGGAGAGGAGGUGUCUCCAGCAGCCAGUGACCUGGCCAUGGUGCUGACCAGAGGACUGAGUAUGGAGCAGCAGAAAAGCAGCAGAGACUCCCUGCAGUACUCCAGUGGCUACAGCACAGAGACCACAACUCCAUCCUGCUCCGAGGACACAAUCCCCUCACAAGGUUCAGAUUAUGACUGCUACUCAGUGAACGGUGAUGCUGAAGGUCCAGAUGGACAGGGAGAGUUUGACAAGUCCUCCACUAUUCCUCGCCACUCUAACAUCGCCCAGAACUACCGGCGCAUGAUCCAGACCAAGAGGCCAGCCAGCACGGCUGGCUUGCCCAGCGGGGUUCUUGGUCCAGGGGGUCAUGGGAUACCAGGACAACCUGGUGGAACUGGUGGAGGUGGAGCAGGUACUCCAGGCACUGCCACAAUACGGCGAACCCCAUCUACCAAACCAGGCGUGAGGCGCACACUGUCCAACGCGGGGCCUAUCCCCAUCCGACCACCUAUUGUGCCUGUAAAGACACCCACUGUUCCUGGAGACUCACACUCACCUGGCGCAGCUGGUGGUGGGUACGCAGGUGGUGGGCACUCAGGUGGCGUGCCUGUGCGUGUGGGCAGUGAGGAGUGUGUGUUUUUCACUGGAGUCGAGGAUGCACAGGGAGCGCUUGAUUAUGUGAAGGCGUCACCGAAGCGCCUCAGCCUGCCUAAUACUGCCUGGGGAUCAGGGGCGGCGUUAGAGGUCUACGCCCAGCAGCAUGGAGGCCUUGCCAUGGUAACAGGCUCAGGGGCUGGAUCAGAGGAGGAUCAGAUGAUCGCGGCCAAUCGGCACAGCUUAGUGGAGAAGAUUGGUGAGUUGGUAGCCAGUGCGCAUGCACUUGGAGAGGGGCAAUUUCCUUUCCCCGCCCUGCCUGAUGACCCAACCCUGCCUCCAACUGGCCCCACUGACACAGGGACAGAAGGGGCAGAGGGGACCGGUGACAUGUUGACCACCAUCAGGAGAGGAGUCCGCCUUCGCAAGACCGUCUCCAAUGACCGCUCAGCACCACGCAUCUUGUGAUUGGAGGAGAAGCAGGAAGAGGAUGAUACUUGUCAGCCAAUAGGGAGUCAGGUGUUGGUGUGGUGCAACCCAACCGCCUAGUACAUACACAAACACUUAACUAUGUAGGGAAAGCUAUAAUAUAACAGAAGAUGAAUGAAAACAAGAACAUACACAAAAAAUAAGUUUAAAGACACCAUUAGAGUAAAUGAUAUAUAAUAUAAUGAUAAUAAUAACAUUAAUAAUGUUAACUCAUGCUGACAAUUAAAAGUGAAAUACUGAAUAUUGACAGGCUCCUAGCAGGCCACUAUAACUAGUGUGUGUUGGACGCAUGUUUGUCUUCUCUACACCUUCACCCAGGGAUGAAAAGACUCGCAGGAAAAAACAGAUAAGAUUUAAAAAAAAAGGCAAAGAAAGAGAGAAAGACUGGGUUCUGUUUGUCAACUCACACCCUUCCCCAUCCUCUUCUCCAACUAACCCAACUGUCUAAUCCCAGAUGAAAGACUGAUGACUGAAGGAGGGCCCUGUGGGGGCGAGAGAGAGGGGGGUCAGAGUGCCAUGUGACCAGCUGGAUUUGAACCCAGGCUGUCUCAGCAGCAACAUACUGUACUUAUUAGCCCACUGAACUGAAGCUUUGGUAUUAGCACGGGGAGCUAACAAGCCAGAGGGCUCCUCUGGUUCAUCCUAAUGUAAAAGAGUCUUUAAAAAAUACUGUUGGCAUUGAACCGUGCUAGUGCCCCCUUCCCCUCUCUCUCUGUGUGUGCAGUGUGUGCGUGUGUUCAUGUGUAUGCAUGUGGGCAAAUGUGAAAUGCGAGCGAGUGUGCACGUGAUUGACUGUGUGCGUGCGCGAGGGGGGUGGGUCGAGCUCUGCUGCAGGACAGCUGGUCACCCAACGAGGGCAGGGCUUUUCUCCUGUGUGUUGUACGUGUAUUUUCUUGUUUAUAUCGUGACGUCAUUUACCUUGUUACAACUGUACGAGAAGUUACGAGAAGUAAUCCAGGCGUAUAGAUAUAUUCAUAUAUAUUUUCUAGAACCAGAGAGAAAAUGUUAAAUCAGAAAUGGAGCAAUAAAUGUGUUUUAUUUUCUUGUUUCCAAGAAGAGGAUCGAUGGAGGAUUGUAGGUUCUCCUUUGUCACAUUCAGGCAAUCAUCAGGAAUGCUAAAUUACACAUCGACUGUGAAUUCAUGCGCAGCCAGUUUUGGCGUUGUCUCUCUCCCUGUCCCUGUCUCUUUCUGGCGGAGGAAAUGGAUUACAAAAAUGUUGAAAAAAAUAACUGUAAGCACUUUGAUAGAUGGUAGAGUAUGUACAAUUACCACUAGGUGUUGCUGUAGUCAUACUGUAUGAUAGGGGGAGUGUAAGUGAGAGAUGGUUGCCAAUAAGACUGUCCUGAGGAAAUUAUUUAAUUUGUAGGAGAAGAAGAAGAAGACGACAGGGAGGGACAAAGAGGAAGUGAUAAAGACUGAUGGAAAUGCAGUGAUUGGUCAAAUGAGAGAUGGGAAAGGAAAGUAGAGCAAAAUAUUUAUCUAAAAAUGGAUUGGACGUCAGGGCUCUUCAGGGUUCUACAAGCCAUUGCCUGCCGUGGAUUGUGAAUAGUACUGAAGCUUUUUAUGAUGUGGUUGCACUGGUUUCUGAGCACAUAAUGCAAAAAAUACACUGCACAGAUAGGUCAGACUACAUUUGGAAACAGGCUUUAAAGGGUCGGUUGACCCAAAUGUCAAACAAACAUGUUUUCUCACAAGCCAUGCAAAUAGUUAUUAGAGCUACUUUCUACCAUAGUAAUCAUCCCUUAAAAACUGUUGGCACAUUAAAUGGAGUACCAAGAGUAGCAAGGAUAUAUUACUGUUGAAUUUCUUUAAAUGCUAUCUUUCAAUACUGUGAGCACAACAAAUGAAAUUCCAUUCACCUCCAUUGUACUUGGGAUGAGGCAGAAAUCUCAAAACCUGAACGGAUAAAACAAACAAACAAAAAAAAUCUAUCAACAUGCCAAGAUAAUGUAGAGAUACAGUAUGACAGAAACUAUGCGCUUUUGUAAUAUAGGUUCAACAACACACAAAAACCUACACCAACAAUAGACUUAAAAUAUAUAUGAUUAUGUUCAUUAGAUAUACUGUUAUAAUUGUACUCCAUGGUUUUCAACACACAUGCUGUGGAACUGUAAUUCCAAUGUCCAAAAAAAUUAUAUAUUAAAAGGCAGUCUUCAUCAAUGUUCAUGUGCAUAUACAUAUCAGCACACUAGCUUAUCUGCAAAUAUAUUCUUACCUAUAAAUACUGUAUAUUUUUGCAUUAUGGGAGGGCAAACCUUGAACAUAGCUGAACAACAGUCUUGUUUCCCCAGACUGGCUCCACUUAAAACCUUCUCCUUUACAAAAUUUACAAUGAUUAGUCUCAUUUCAAAGGAUACCUCACAAAAAAUGUAAGUUAUGAUUUCAGUUGCAAUAAUGGCCCAACAGUAGAUAAAAACAUGACAAAAAAAAAGGAGAGACCACGUACAGUUGGUUGCACAGUGUUGGGCGGUAGUUAACUGCCAGCUAGCAACUAGCAGCUUUGUGUCUGCUCAGACUUUCAGUUGAGGAUGGGACUUCUCUUAAAAGUAAUAGUAAUGUUACUAACUACUAUUGCUGUUAAAUAAUGUGUAAUGAGCAAUUAUUACAUAUUUCAAGUAACUUGCACAACACUGGUCUUUAAGAAGAGGUGUCACCAGAAACAAAAGCAUUUAGACCAACAUGUAUUUAGCCACAGAAAGUAAUUGUAAUUCCAGUAAUCAGGUUCAUUCAUUGAUUGUUGUGUGACAACCCUGUCUCCUAGAAAUUAUGUUCACUAAAUUGCAUUCAACAUAAUUGCUGCAUGGAAUAUUUUCAGAAUUUUGAGUAAUGAGUUAAAGAAAUACCACAUCAUGUACCACAAUGGUUCGGCAGGGAGGUGGUUGAGGUGGAUGGUGGACAUACAGAGUGCAUGUAGACGCCUGUCUUAUGUUUGGCAACAAAAGCACUUUGGUUACGGUUUAGGGAAGAUCAGGAUUUCACUGAAGUGUUAAUUAAAAGGGUAAUUAAAAAAUAAUUCUGUAGUCAAUACAAGUGGAAACUGUACUGCAGUCUUACCUCUUUUAUGGUGGAAAACAAAUGUAAUACAUUUUCAGUGGACAUUUUGCUGAUCAGCCAUUCAGUAUCAACAUAUCUGGGACUUGCCAGGUAUGUUAAUUAGCAGCAUUUCCUCAUAAUGCUAAUGAAAAUCAUAUUUCACCCAGCAUUACCUUUCCCUCAAAAAUUGGUUGUAUAUAAAUCUUGUUUCUUGGAGACAGUGCUGUGUACUGUGAACACUAUGGUUCGGCUCAGUUCAGUGCAGAUAACCCAGUUCAGCUCAGGACACAGCUGUAUGAAAGGAUUACUUAUGGACAUUACGAUGUGAGGAAAGGUGAAGCCUGUUUGAUGCGCUCGCUGAUGACAAAGAAGCAGGAGGGUUUACAUUAGACUUUUGAAGCUGACAGAGAGGAAGAUGUGUGUGGAAUGAGCAUUUCACUGCCUGUUCAUACAAUAUGUACUGUAUGUGCUGUACUUGUAAAUGAGAAUCAGGCGCACAGAUUUGGUAUAACGGUUUGUUAGAAAAUACUACAUGGAAUAUUCAGUUUCAGUAUUAUUAUUUUUUUCACUCUGCAGUAUUGUUUGAAUAUUUAGUCUUACUUUUAAUUAAUGUAAAAAAAAAAAACAAAAGAAAAAACUCCAGUUGUAACACAAACUACUAAGCUGUGUAACAUAUGGAUGUAGGCUGUGUGGGCUGAGAGUGAGUGUGUCCUUGUUUGGCUGGUGAAUUCUUCAUCAGCAUGUCCGUACAUUCUUCUAGCAGUGACCUGAACAUAGCUGGCGACAUCAGCAUUCUUACAAGCCCUUUUUUAUUGAGUUAUUUCUUUAUUUAACCUCGGAGAGAGCACCGUGAACAUAUUUGUGGCCAUUUAAAUUUAAAGAGAUAGAGAGGAGAAUGUUUGCAGUUUUUAAACAUUGUCACCCUUUGCCAGCACACUUUUUUGUUGAACUUUGAACUUUUAACAGUGCGUCAGGCAAGGGGGUUGGUUAUGUUUUGUUUUGUUUUUUUGUGUUGUUUUGUUUUGUUUUUUGUGGUGGGGGGACUACUGUAUGUAUGUUGUCACAUGUGGAUGCUGUGUGUUGUAUCAGCUGAAUCUGACUGGGUGAGAGGGUGGAAGGGGAGAGCAGCGGGCUGGACUCCAUCCCCCCCAAAAGAACAUAUUUUGGGUGAGAAACAUUCAUCUGAAGAGUCUGUCUAAGACCGCCUGUCGAGGUCACACUGUACAUGAAUAUACGUAUGCUGAAUGUACUGCAAGAUGAAGAGGGACAUUGAACUGUUUGACUUGCUUGAACCAUUGCAAUGUCAGAACUUUGUUCUUGUACAACUGAGUGAAGUUUCCAGUUAAAACAGUAGGAAAGCAAUACAGAGAUAGUGUGCAUGUACGUACAUUCACAAUGAUGUUCCAGUGUGGGGAUGUUAAAGGAAAAUACCACUGUUUUGUCCACUGAAGGAUACUUGUGUCCCUAUGUAAAAGCAAUUCCACAUUGCAUGGCUCAGAUGGUAUGAGUGUGGAGUUUAGAGACCCUUUACUAUGUGUCCAAGGACACUGCUAGGGCCAGUUCCACUAGUCUGAAUGUGUAUGUGCUGUUUUAACUCUAGUGCAAACUCAAACUGAAUUCACUGCCAGUUAUCUACAGUAAAUCAUUGCUUGAUUAAAGGGUUUAUAAUGCCCUGCUAACAGACACGCUGCUUAUUUUCAAAUGAUGGAUAACAACUCAGGACAAGACCAGGAUGCUAAAAUUGUGGGGUUUUCACAGUGGAUGUGAUCAAGAUCAAACUGCACAUGCUGGUGAUAGAAUGAAUAGAGUGUGAAAUGAGAGUAAGAUACAACACUGCUAUUUUCCUUUAAAAUGCCCAGUUAACAGCACAAAAAUUAAUUAACUAAACAAUAAUGUCUUUUUUUUAACAUGCUGAAUUAACUGUGUACUGAACUAACUGUCUGAACAAGCUGAAAUAACUACUCUGCUACAGAUGUGUCAAUAUGCCCAUUUUUAUGAGUGUAUGUGUAUGUGGGUAGAAGUAGGCCUACUGGCAUGUGGGCAAAGCGGGGGCUACCAUGAAAACAGGACACUCUGCUGGAACAUACACAGACACAUAACCAGAUUUACAUGCGUGCAGGCAUGCGUGCGUACACACAAACAUGUACACAUCAUAGGAUAUACACACACAACAUACAUGCAUACUUCCUCGGCCGAGAGAACUACACAGUCCUAACUACUGUACAGCAUGUCCAAAAGGAAUACGCACUGUAAAAAGUAACAUCUGCUUCCCAAUUUUAAUGAAGGAAGAGCUUGAAAACAUCCCAUCUGAACUUUCAGUAACAUUACAGCUUUUUAAAUUUCUUUUGCUAUUAGCUGUCUUAUUUCCUAGCAAGGCUGGCAUAUAAGUGAGGCAACAUGUAGAUUAGUAAACAUGGAAAAUGCUACAUUUCUUUCAUGCUACAAGUAGUUACAAACCGUACGCAUACUUGAUUAAAAGUUGAAAUACUGACUUCCAAAACUGCUGUGUUUCUAGUCUUACAGCUAGCCCGACAGACUAUAGUGCUGUUGAGUAUUAGGUAUGUACCUGGGACUAAUAUGAGCUUAUACUGACUGUUGAAUGUUAAAGGAAUUGUUUGAAAUUUUUGGAAAAUUCCUGCCAGCAGAUGGUUAGCUUAUUUAAACAUUAAAACUGGAGGCACAGGAAAACAGCUAGCCUGGCUUUGUCCCAAGAUACAUUGUCUGAUAUCUCUAAAGUUACCUAAUUAACACACUUUAUCUUGGUUGUUUAAUCCACGACUAAACUAAAGUGCAGAAAUGACAAGUUGUAGAUUUAUGGGGGUAUUGUGCUGGACAACGUAUCCUCAAACAACAGUUUGUAUGAUAUCGUAAAAAUUAGUGCCCCAAGAAUGAGGUACCUAAUGUGAAGUACAUUAGGUACUUAACGUUAAGUUAGGCAGGUGAGCUUUUGGCUAAGUUACUGUGGUUAGGUUUAGGAAAAGAAACAUCGUGAUGACAUACCUUAAAAUGACACAAAGUUCACACAGAUCCGAACACCAGUCUCGUGGGCAAAGUCCUGGGAGAAAAUCCUGUGUUUUGUGACCCAUCCACCAACCCAACCUGCCUCCUUAAAGGAUCACUUCCUUCUUAAGCCUAUCAGGGCAUUGGCCACAUGAUUACAGCCUUCCCAAAAACAUAGGAUACAUACAAAUUAAUGGCUCAUGAUUACGUGGGUCAUGUACAAAUUUGGUGCAUUACUUUUUGUGGGAAAAUGUAUAAACAGUGCAUGAGAACAACCUCUGCUGAGUCUCUGCUGGUUGCCUGGCACUUGCUGACAAGAAAAAAUACGAAUAACUCCAUCUAAAAAGGCAAUUUUCCAAAAAGUUAAACUAUUCCUUUAACUUUUAAUGAAAACUUGUUGAGAUGGCGGGACCACAGUAGAAUUGACACAGAAUCACUCAACAGCACCGCUAUCUAAAAAGCCUGGAGGUGUACAAAAACUAUUGAAUUUGUGUUUCACCACUCACAUAUAUGUCUGGAGUUUUUUUCCACACCUUUGUAUCCCUCUCUUCUUUUUCCUCUCUAUUACCUUCCUCUUUUUGCACCUCAUCCACUGAGGGCACAGUUCACCCGGGGAUGCCGUCAAACUGAUAAGUUAGAAUAACACUUGUCAUGAGAGUCCCAUCAGCUGUACUUGGUCUUUGGUGCCUCGCAGCCCAUCAAAGCUAAUGAAACGUAAUUCUGAUGAAGUCUUUAUUUACACCACAGUCAGUGGUGUCUGUCCGUCUCCCCUCUGCUCUAUUCCCUCCCCUCCCUCAGUGUAUGUGUCCGUAUGUUGGUUUGAAUGUGUGCUGUGGUUCGAAUGUGGGUGUGUUUGGUAAUGGCUAACGGGCGGUAUCAUGAUGGGUCCUGGGUGUGCUGUUCAAACAAGGGCUGGAAGCAUUAGCCAGGGUAAACGUCUCCCAGCUGUACACUGUAACAUGCAGCUGGUUUUAAGCAGAACAGCUGGAUGUCUGACACUCCAUCUCAGUGCUAGAUUACAUUUUAAUUAAUUUUGAUCAGGCUUUUUAAGACAUCUAUUUUGUCAGCAUCUCACAGGCAGCUUAUAUUACUUUGAUGGUUUGGAGCUUCUGUCAAAGAAAUGCACAAGAUACAAGUGUGAGCAGUAAUUCAACAUGCAGGGACUUUUUACCCACAUUGCCAUCACAAGAAAUCUGCUGGUGUGUAAAGCACAUGGCUGGUAAAACCAACAAAACACUGAAUCUUAAUCAACAAAGAGCACUGGUCCUUCUGUUAAAUUGAGCUAAACUGGCUAAAGUAAAAAUCCACUCAAAGGGAGACUAGGCAACUUCUGUUGAACAGUUGCCACUGUGACCACAAGUGACAAUUACAGCAUAAUGCUAAAUGUUAAGAUGUAAUGGAACAUAAGCACAAGACGGGAAAUGUUGUGAAGAAAAAAACUGCCUUAGGAAUGUCAGUAAAAUGGCACCAUUUAUUUAAAGCUGCUGAUAUUAGCUGCCAUUAGUUACUGGUAAAACCAGACUAAACUAGGCUGUAGCAGUAAAAAGUGUACUGAACUGAGCAAGGAUUAGCUAUAUCACCUAUGAAUGCAACUUUUCAUUUGUACAAGGAAAAAUGUUUAUAUUUGUUUAGUUAUAUCCUUUUUUAAAAGUUACAUAGCCUCCUUUAAGUAGAUGUUAAAAACAAGCUGGUAACAUGUAACGGUAAAGUAUUAACGGCCUAGUGUGUAGGUUUUAGUGCCAUCUAGCAGUGGGGUGGUAGAUUGCAACCAACUGAAAUUUCUCCAUUUUGCCAAACGUGUAGGAGAACUACAGUGGCCAACAGAAAAUGUGAAUGUCCCUAUUGAGAGCCAGUGUUUGGUUUGCUUGUCGUGGGCUACUGUAGAAACAACAUGGCAGACUCUGUGGGGGAGGACCAGCUCCAUAAGAAUAUUUAACGGCUCAUUCUAUAGUAGUAGUAGUAUUUUUAGUUUAUAAUACACUUACGAAAACACUUUUGAAUAUUAUAUACAAUAUCUACCAAUGUAUCUCCCUAAAUCUUACACAUAGUCCCUUUAAUUUAAAAAUGUCCAUUACCAAGUUGCUUUAAAAAAAUAAUAAUAAUGAUAAUAAAAUAAUAGGGUAUUUUAAAAGAGUGACAGGCUUCUGUAUAUCAGCCUUUCCUACAGCAGGAACUUUGCAAUCCAUGUAGCCAUUGUCACAGGUUCUGCUCUUAAUGCCACUGUUCUCCACCUUCUUUGUGGAUGUGCUCCUUGUACUACAUUUUGGAACUGCAGAGAAGGUGAUACUAAAUCCAUAUUUGCAUAGCAUUUCUUGCAAGCCAGUAAAAACUCACAUUACUGCAUCAGUUAUCAGCUAUUCUCUAACCACUGUUUGAGAUAUUCCUCCUGUAGACUUUUCACACUAAUGUUACAGAGAUCCAGUAAGGCUUGAGCCUCUGCAGUCAGCAUCUUGUCAUUUUGCUGUUGCCAGAUGUGACGUGAUGGAAUUUCAAGUAGGGUAAAACAGAAGCUCAGGCUGCCUGUUGAUGGUUGAUGAACAUUCAGCGAUGGCCAACAUUCCUCAGCCAGUAAACUUGUUGACCAUCCAUCCGCACCUCAGCUGAGUUUCCCUGGUUACUCAGAUUUAUAGGAAAUUGGCAGACUUCCAUUGGAGCAUUUGCUCGCAGCAUGAACACACCGUUACAAAUCUAUGAGGAAAUGUUGAGGAGAACAGCCUUAUUUGUGGUGUGGAGUGUUUGUUUUUAUAACUUUGGUUACCUUCAAGUGUUUAUACACUGGACACUUACUUCAUGUCUUACAUAAGAUUUAAAAAUGUCACCCAUUUGAGAUACCUGAAUAUGCUAAACAUUGUUUUGCUGACUGAUUGAAAUAAGAAAGACCCCAUGAUGGCCAUUGAACGACAGAUUGAGUUAUAUUUAUGAUCAGACUAGAAGAAGUAUUGUGAAUUUGCAUGAACAGUAUGUAAAACCCACUCCUUUAGCCAUCUGCCCAGGUUAUAUUGAGUGUGUACUUUAUGUAUGUGUGCAUGUAUGUGUGUGUUGCACAAGGACACUUAGUUAAGACCCCUACUGUUUCUCCCUCCCACCUCCCACACGCAAUCUGUCAAUCCUUCCUGCUGUCUAAUAGCUGAAGAAACCCACCAUACACAAACACACACACACACUUACACACACUCCUCUGAAGCAAACAUGACUAAGGUAGAUUCUCGGAAGCUACAUGAUGGUCCGCUGAAGCCCUCCAGGGGAUCAUGAUGAAACACGCUGCAACUUCCUGUCAUACAGCCAUGCAGAACAGAGUGGCCAAAGUGGCCUCCUGGUGCCACAGCCACUGUUAACUGAACUGAAUGUCUUACUGUCAAUACUCCAGUUCUCAGUAGUGUCUCUCGCUCGCUCGCUCUCUGUCUCUUCUUCCUCUACAGCCUCCAAAUGAACUCUACAAGGAAAUGUCUCCACAACUCACCAUUGAGGCGUUGAUAUCAUUUCUAUGGGGCUAUUUUGUUCAAAGGAUAACAUUGUGACAUCUGCUUUAUGUUUCUGUACAAACCGAUCUUUUGCUCCUCUCUUCCCUCCCGCGUAGCCCUGCAGGCACUGUGGUCUUGUCUUUUUUCUUUCCUGCCCCUCUUCUGCUCUUCUUCUUUAAUUUAAUGUGAAUUUAUUUCCAAGGUUGUUUCGCCUCUGUCGCUGAUAAGGUUUUUCUUUUCUGUCUUCCUUUUUGUAAAAUUGACCCUUUUUUGUUAACUUUAGUCACUGCUAAUGUAACAAAACGCACUGUGAUGAUUCCAGUAUUAAUAAAAGUUGUACUUAAACUGUGUGCCGCUGUGUGAAGCAAGUCUUAUUCAUCAAGAAAGAAACAUGGCUGAGGUCUUAAACCUGCUUGCACAGCUCAGUAGAUACUGUAUGCUGAGAAAAGCUGAAUAAAUAUGGGUCAGUGAACUGUCUGUAUGCCUUCCAAAGCUCACUAGGGUACAGAGAGGCUAACUGUAGUCAAUGAACCUAAGAAAUAAUAACAGUGUGACACUGAUACUUU